UCCGCCGCGGGAACGCGAGGUGGCCUGAGUGCGCGUGCUGGAGUGAGGCGGCCCGAUGUAUUUGGGGGGUGUCCGGUGGGCCGUCCGUGUGUGUCGGUGCCGUGGAGGGGCGGCUUGGGCAUGGACCAGGCGCAACUACUGCAACAUGGACGGGGAUAGUUCUAACAGCAAAGCUGAGAAACCAAAGACUCCAAAGAUUUACACCAAAACAGGAGACAAAGGGUUUUCCAGCACAUUCACUGGGGAGCGCAGGCGGAAGGAUGAUAAUGUGUUUGAUGCUUUGGGCAGUACAGAUGAAUUGACAUCUUCCAUCGGGUAUGCUGGCAAUGGGUUCUGCUUGGAGCAAGGUCAUGAGUUUGUAGAGGAACUCUAUAAGAUUCAGUGUGUGUUGCAGGAUGUUGGAUCCAAUGUGGCUACUCCCAUUUCCUCUGCACGAGAGAGCCACCUCAAGAGGACAACAUUUAGUGAAAAGCCAGUAAUUGAGCUGGAACAGUGGAUUGAUCGCUAUACCGAGCAACUUCCACCACUGACUAACUUCAUCUUACCGUCAGGAGGAAAAUGCAGUGCAGCCCUGCACUUGGCACGAUCGAUCUGUCGCAGGGCAGAGAGGAGCAUGAUCUCUAUCGUACAAGCUGGUGAAGCUGACCGUAAUGCUGCAAGAUACCUUAACAGGCUAAGUGACUACCUGUUCACAUUGGCACGAUAUGCUGCCAUGAAAGAAGGCAAAAAGGAGCAUAUUUACAGGAGGAGAAAUGACUCUUCUACGUAAGAGAAGAUGGGGCAGCUCUCACUUGCUGAUCUGAACAGAACUAUUUUAUAAAACUGUUGUAAUACAUUUUUUUUCUUUGCAUAAGUGGCAAAGUUAUUUGGAGUUUUUAAGUGGUGUCUUGUUUAUGUUUCUGAUUCUUGGAGAUUGAUGCUAUUUGGGCUGUGAGACUACAUCUAUGCUUGUGGAAGAAUGGAUUUUUGUCACUGCUUUUAUUUGGUGUAGCUGAUGGCAAAAGUCAUGUGCUGUCAACUGUGCCUUUAUAUAAAAGCACUUUAAUGAGCAAUCUUUAAUCCUAGGAUUUUGGAUGGAAAGCUGGGCAAAGUCUAUCAUUGUACAUAAAAUCUAUGCUGAGUUAAAUUUGUUUACAUGGGAUUUAUUGUACAACUAGUUUGCAUUCAAGCAGUUCUUUUUCUGUACUGUAAGAUUUACUAUUUAAAACUUAAAGAAAUUGAUUAAAAGUAGCUGCUUGGUGUAGGCAUGGGUCAGAACAGUAAGUUGGUCUCGGAUCAAAGGGGUGGGGAAGGGAAAUAACUUUUGUGUUCAAAAAUCAAGGAUUUCUCCAUAGUACAUUAGAAAACUCAUCUACUGAUAUUGUUAGCCUUCCACAUUUGAAGUUGGGCUUUGAAUCAUGAGACAGUUGAAUUUUUGGUGCUUUGACUCUCAUCACCACAGAGUGCUUUCGCAAUGUGACAAUUUUCAAGUUCCCUCAUCAGUUUUUGUGUGGCCUGAGAUGCUCAAUUCAGUACUUCAGUACUAUUCCAAAUUAAUUGAGAUGUGAUUAAACUCCAGUCCUUCUCGGU